GUGGGCGGGUAAAUCUGAAAUCAACUAUGGAACAGGAGGAUCAGCAAAAACGCAAGAAAUGUAACGAAAAUGUGUGUUUGCUCUGCGGUGACGAAUUCUAUCCUUCCAAAAGUAAUAAGCAUCGACUGUUUCACGGAAACAAAAAUAAACUCAAAGCGGAUCAUACAGUCGUGUUGGAGGAAUUUGUUGGCAAAUUUCAGGACACGACACGACUGGCCAUUUGCGGCUCUUGUAGAACACUCGUAUUGAGGUACGAUCGGGUAUCAAAAGACACGGAGAGAGUACGAUUGCUUAUAAAGGAUACGUGGAGGAAGACCAGAGAGAGACGAUGUGCGGCUUUAACCCCUGCAGGUGUGAUAGAGGUGAAGAGACGGCGCGACACCACGUCACAAUAUGAGAGCACUGCGACCGUCUCGCUACAGUCCACCGAUAUUUCUACAGCAAAAGAGAGACUCAAAACUGCACUAGAACCAUUGCAUGAAAGGCUGAGAAUACUCGAAGAGUUUAAUAAGACUUUGCGUGAAACUACAGAACAUAUUGUGUUUCAGACUCAACACACCGAAUUGAAGAUUAAGGAGGAGUUUGUGAAACUUCACAAAAUGUUGUAUAAUGAAGAAGCAACCAGGAUAAAAGCACUGAGAGAGGAAGAUAAGCAAAAGAGUCUGAUGAUUAAGGAGAAGACAGGACAAACGGGAAGAGAAAUUGCAUCUCUUUCUCUCACAAUCCGAACCAUUGAGGAGGACAUGAAAGCUGAAGACACUUUAUUCCUACAGAACUAUGAGACUACUAUGAAAAGGACCCAAUGUAGAUUUCCUGAUUCAGAGAACCUUUCAGGAAUGUUGAUCGAUGUGCCAAAGCACCUGAGCAACCUGAAGUUUGCCGUGCUGCGUAAAAUGCAGGACAAUGUUGCAUACACUCCUGUGACUUUGAACCCCAACACUGCUCAUUGUAAUGUCAUUGUGUCUGACGAUCUGACCAGUGUGAGAUACAAUGAUGAAGAAUUUACACUUCCUGAUAAUCCAGACAGGUUUGAUAUGUUUGCAUGUGUCCUGGGCUCAGAAGGUUUUAACUCAGGGACUCAUUGCUGGGAUGUUGAUGUUGGAGACAGCACAGGCUGGUUCUUCGGUGUAAUGACCGAAUCUUCUCAGAGGAGGAAUACAAUAUUUUCUCGCAGUGGAAUCUGGCUUGUGGGCCAUUUUUGUGGUGAAUAUAAAGCACAUAUUACACCACAGUCGCCAACGCUUCUCCCAAUUAAAGAAAAACUACAGAGGAUCAAAGUUCAGCUGGACUGGGACAGUGGAGAGCUGUCAUUCUGUGACUCUAUAACAAACGCACACAUACACUCUUUUACACACAGGUUUGCUGAGAGAUUAUAUCCGUUUUUUGGUGUUGGCUGUGACAUUUCACCUCUGCGUAUCUUGCCAGUAAAUUCAUCACAAUCGAAUUUUAAAAUAUUGUAAACGUAUUUUGUACAACAUCACUUUUUUGUAAAUGACUUUUGUUUGACUUUUUGGCUCAAUGCAGAUAGGAUGACUUACGACGAGUUUAACAAGAAAUUAGAGAAGGAUGUAAAAGGUAAAGAUUCUUUAUUUAUGCAGGUGAAUAAAGUAUUAUUUUUAUUAGUAUACUAUUCAUAUUUUACACAUUUUGUUACUUACGAUCUGUUUUAAAUAUAUCUGAUCUUUGUCCAUGCUCCUGUUAUAACAGUUGCUGAUUAAAAAUUGUCAUUUUAUGACAUUUAUAAAAGUA